UUGAUUUUACAACAUAAAUAAAAUUCACAUCGACCAAUCAUUAUCAAGCAAAAAGCCACGUGUUCCAAUUGCAAAUCCCAUCCAAUUCCUUCCUCCACCUUCAACGUAAAACCAGUCACUUUCUCUUUCCACAAUCACCUUCUCUGAAGUUUGAGAGGAGCAAAUAUGGCUGCCAUAUCGGCAUGUAUACUGGGAAAAGGAUUGUAUGCUGGUAAUAUCAGAAAAGGUUUUAGCAAAGAAAUAUAUGGCAAGCAGUUUAUACGCAUUCCACUAUACAGUAGUACAUCUAGAGUAGUUAAUGUUAGAGCAUCAUUGAGUCAAAGGACCAGUGAAGGAAGACGCAGCUUCCUGAAAUUGGUGCUUGGUAAUGCUGGCCUUGCCUUACCUGGCAAUGGAAAAGCUAUUGCUGAUGAUGAAGGUGUCUCGAGUUCAAGGAUGUCGUACUCUAAAUUUUUGGAGAAUCUAGAUAAGGAUAGAGUAGCUAAGGUCGAUUUGUUUGAAAAUGGAACUAUUGCCAUUGUCGAUGCUAUAUCCCCUGAGUUGGGUAACCGUGUCCAAAGAGUGCGGGUGCAGCUCCCGGGCCUCAGCCAGGAGCUUCUCCAGAAGUUUAGGGAGAAGAACGUUGACUUUGCUGCCCACAAUGCACAAGAGGAUUCCGGUUCUCUAUGGGCUAACUUGAUCGGAAACUUGGCCUUCCCUUUACUCUUGAUUGGAGCUCUUUUCUUUCUCUCGAGACGGUCCCCUGGAGGAAUGGGUGGGCCUGGAGGUCCCGGGCUCCCUUUACAAUUUGGUCAGUCAAAGGCUAAGUUCCAAAUGGAACCAAACACUGGUGUCACUUUUGAUGAUGUUGCUGGGGUUGAUGAAGCAAAGCAAGAUUUUAUGGAGGUGGUGGAGUUCCUGAAAAAGCCCGAGAGAUUCACAGCUGUGGGUGCUCGUAUUCCAAAGGGGGUUCUUCUCAUUGGCCCUCCCGGUACUGGGAAAACCUUGCUAGCCAAAGCAAUUGCUGGUGAAGCCGGUGUUCCCUUUUUCUCUAUUUCGGGUUCUGAGUUUGUUGAGAUGUUUGUUGGAGUUGGUGCCUCACGAGUCCGUGAUCUUUUCAAGAAGGCCAAGGAGAAUGCUCCAUGUAUUGUGUUUGUUGAUGAAAUUGAUGCAGUGGGGCGUCAAAGAGGAACUGGAAUUGGUGGAGGAAACGAUGAAAGGGAGCAGACUCUCAACCAGCUGCUGACAGAAAUGGAUGGUUUUGAAGGAAACACAGGUAUCAUUGUGGUUGCAGCAACCAAUCGUGCAGAUAUUCUCGACUCUGCCUUGUUGAGGCCUGGAAGGUUUGAUAGACAGGUAAGUGUUGAUGUCCCAGAUGUUCGGGGACGAACAGAGAUCUUAAAGGUUCACGCAGGCAAUAAAAAGUUUGAUACUGAUGUAUCACUUGAAGUGGUAGCCAUGAGGACACCUGGUUUCAGCGGAGCGGAUCUGGCUAAUCUCUUGAACGAGGCCGCUAUUCUGGCUGGCCGCCGUGGCAGGACUUCCAUCUCGUCUAAAGAGAUCGAUGACUCAAUUGAUAGGAUAGUCGCUGGAAUGGAGGGGACAGUCAUGACAGAUAGCAAGAGUAAGAGUCUUGUGGCGUACCACGAAGUAGGCCAUGCCAUCUGUGGAACUCUGACCCCGGGGCAUGAUGCCGUUCAGAAAGUCACCUUGGUUCCACGCGGUCAGGCACGUGGUUUGACUUGGUUCAUCCCUUCGGAUGAUCCAACCUUGAUAUCAAAACAACAGCUCUUUGCCAGAAUUGUAGGGGGGCUGGGCGGUCGAGCUGCUGAGGAAGUUAUAUUUGGUGAGCCUGAGGUCACUACCGGUGCAGCUGGCGAUCUGCAGCAGAUCACUGGUUUGGCCAAGCAGAUGGUUGUGACUUUUGGCAUGUCUGACAUCGGGCCGUGGUCGCUCAUGGACUCAUCGGCUCAAAGCGAUGUGAUAAUGAGAAUGAUGGCGAGGAAUUCGAUGUCAGAGAAGCUGGCGGAAGACAUUGAUGCAGCAGUGAAGAGGCUCUCGGACGAGGCAUAUGAGAUUGCGUUGAGGCAGAUCAGGAACAACCGCGAAGCCAUAGACAAGAUCGUGGAAGUUGUUAUCGAGAAGGAGACAAUAACCGGGGAUGAGUUCAGGGCUAUCCUCUCAGAGUUUGUCGAAAUUCCAGUCGAAAACAGAGUUGCUCCCACUCCGGCUACGCUAACUGUAUAAAUUAGUACUACUAGUCCGACUUCAACUUGUACAAUGCUUUUUUCGGCUUUUUUGUAAAGAUCAGUACACACUGAAAAAUGCUGUUACAAUUGACAUAACCUACGUGCUUCAAAUUAGGCACAAAUAUGUAGAUUUUGUGUCUUAA